AUGGAUUACAACUUUGGCCAGGACGCCCCCUCCGGCUCUGGCUCCGGUUCCUCAAACUGGCUUGGAUUUGGUCAGCGCGUAACUGUCGCUUCUUCGUCCCCUGGUGUGCCCAACACCAUGCCCGAGGCUGAUGAUGCCUCUUUUGCCGAAUCAUAUCGCCCAGAGGCUUCUCCUUUAUUCAAUCCUCUUUUCAUGCCCCGAAACCCGGCUCCUGAAGCUGCACCCUCGAAUGCUUUAAGCCCUGGUCCUCCUCCCAGCUGGCCCUGGCAACGCGAUGCAACCUUCAACAGUGACGGUUUCGACUCCCCCGAUGUCUCUGCUCUCCCCGAACAGCCUUCGCGUUACUCUGAAUCCCCCGAAGAUGAUACGCCACAAGAGUCCGCUAUCGUUGAGGAACACACUGAAACUCAUCAUGUUACUUCCCCCGAACGUGCCCCAUUCUCGCCGCUGCGCGAAUCCGCUGCAGGUGCGCAAGAGAACUCGAUCAUUCAGUCAAACAUCACCGAAGAAGCGAUCACGGAGGCAGGCGCGGACCCCGUUGUUGAGGAGUCACGCAUUGAGAUUUAUGAGCACACGGAGACCAUUGUACAGUCCUCAGAAAAGGAGCCUGAGGAUUUGCUUUCUCAGCAAGAACCUGACAAUGUUGUUCAAAAUGGUGAGGCCGAUCGCGUUGAGGAAACACCUACCCAGACACCCAUUGAGCAAGCUGCCGAUGGCCAGCAAACCCCAGCGCAAAAUCAAUCCAAAUCACCAGAAAUUGCCUCAGCCCCUGCCACAGGACCCAGUUCUCUUAAGAAUGCAUUGCUUUCAGUUGGCAGAGGUAUCAUGAAGCGUAUGUCAGCGCCACCUCCCGCAGUUGUGGCGACACCUCAACCAGAAGACUCUCAGAAUCGAAGAGCUACCUCGACACAAUUAGAACAACAGACCGAAAGAGCUGGUUCUACUCCCUCACUAGUCGUUGAACUGAAAUCAAUGUCAGAGCCUGAAAAGGCAACAUUCACUUCCCAAGCUCCUGCAGCAGAGGAUGGACCAUCGCUUGAUGAAGAACCUGUUGUACCAGCAUCCGCAAAGCGGAGCCGACGAAGCACACAGGCGGCUGUGGAAGAGGCUUCGGGGUCUGCUACAAAGCCCACUCGUGGCCGCCGAAGCAUUGCUUCUGCGCCAGUUUCACCCGCGGUUAAGAACGCUCCUCCGUCAGCCCAGAAACGAGCCCGCAAGUCCAUGCCUGCAAGUGUUCUCUCAGACCAGACCCCCAAAAAGCGAGGACGCCCACGCAAGAGCGAUGUUGUGGCCACUCCAGCCGCGCCCCCAAGUACCGCAAAGAGAGGCCGACCCAGAAAGUCAGAAGCCACUCCAAUCGCUGUCCCCAGUGCAUCAAAGCCCUUGUCUGCCAGAGGCCGUCGUGUUGCCAGUGCUAGCAAGGCUGUAGCAACACCUCGAAGAGCUACGACCACCCGGACACCUAAGACGGCAAUUGGACUUCGCGCUGCAGCUACGCCUACGACAACACCAAAGCCACGCGGCAGGCCACCGAAGAACCCUCCUCAGCCGACAGAAGAGGAGGAAGAAGUCGAGCCAGAGGUGGAAGCACCCAAGCAUGCUGGUCGGGCAAAGCGAGGUGCCGACUCGACUGACGAUGCUCCCGCCACAAAGAAAAGCACACGCACAGUCAAGCCACGCACAGUUCCCUCCCCAGCCAAGCGAGGCCGGGCUACAAGAAAGACUGCUGCUUCCACUCCAGCGGAGAAGGCAGAACCUACCACAAAACGUGGUCGCCGACCUGCAGCUGCGCCCAAAGAAGAGGAGCCCACCGAAGCUCCCAAAAAACGUGGUCGUCCUGCUUCCAAGACUGAAGCGCCCGCAGGUGAGGAGUCUGCUCCAGAGCCCAAGACGCGAAAGCGAGGUCGUGCUGCAGCUGCCGAAGACACCACGGCUGAAGAGCCGGCUCCCAAGAGACGUGGCCGUGUUGCUAAGUCUGCCCCAGAGGAAGAACCAGCACCGGCUCCUAAACGACGUGGAAGGGCGGCUGCCUCAAAGGCCGUCGAAGAGGCCGUGAGUGAGCCUGCACCUACAAAGAAGCGUGGAGCUGCCAAGACCGCUACUAAGUUGGCCGAGAAUUCUGCAUCUGGGCCCGAGUUGGCUCCCAAGAGACGAGGACGUGCAGCUGCCUCAGCCAAGGCCGCUGAAGAUGUUCCUGCUGAGACCGCCACCACAAAGCGUGGACGUUCUAAACGCACAGCACCCGAGCCUGAGCCUGAAGUUGAAGCACCUGAGCCUGCGACCAAGAAGCGACGUACAACACGCAAAGCCGAGGAGCCAGUUGUUGAGGAACCAAGCAAAUCUACAGGCCGAAAGACAGGACGGCGUACAAAGGCUGCCAAGGAAGUUGUGGAAGAGCCCGCACACAAGCGUGGCAAGUCUACUCGCUCCAAGGCCGCUGAACCUGAAGAGUCAAAGCCUGCUGCCAAGCCUCGUGGUCGAGCUGCCGCGAAGAAGGCACCAGAGCCUGCUGUCGAAGCCGAGGCGGAGGCCGUAUCAGAGAAGCCCAAGGCUCGUGGACGGCCCGCAAAGGGAAAGUCCGGAAAGGGAGAGCUCCCAAGCUCAAAGACGGCUGAAGCUCCAGCUCCAAAGCGGGGGCGAGGGGCAGCCAAAGCCACAGCCACCAAGGCCAAGGGCUCUGCUCCUACAGGCGUGACCAAGACGGGGAGAGCAGCACAAACUGGUGUACGAAGAGGACUGCGAUCAAGGGGCUGA